CCUCUUCUUCCUCCUCCUCAUCACCCAUUCUCUCCCUCCCCCUCCAUCUUCUCCCAUCUCCUCUCCUCUCCUUUCCCUCCUCCUCCCCCUCUCUCUUCUCAUCCUCCUCCCGCGGGUACGAUGGAACCCGAUGGAAAAGCUGAGAACCGUGGUACGGCAUGCACAUAAGAAAAUAACAGAGGACGAUCACCCUCACCUGGUUGGUAGGUUGAGGCAAAAACGAACAAAUCGCAGCACUGUUCGCUUGAUACAUAUAGAGCUUUUCUGGAGCUCCUAUGAGGAUAAACGGACCGGCCUGCGGUCUCCUGAUUGUGCCCCGGUUCGCCCGCACUAGAGAGGGGAGCAAAACCGCCCCCCGUCCAAGGUGGAUGAUCUCUCGGGGCACCUCGACUGACAGCGCACAGAGAAAAUGGAACCCAUUAAUCAAGGAAAUUUGGCAAAGGUCUGAAAUCUGGCCACGGCUCCAUAUAUACUACGUACUUCUUGGCUUGGCCGUCUCCCACCCCCCUGGUCCGGUUUGUGGCCCCCUGUUCUGUCGGUGUAUGGCUGGUACAGGCAACGCCACCGCGUUCUGUCUCCCUCCAUAUCGUUGCCCGCGUUGCUGCUCUGUGGAUAGGUUAUCUGGCUGCAUGCUGAGGCUCUCUCUCCUUAUUAGGACGGCAUCAUCUAGCAAGAAAUCCACUCUAUUAUUGGCUUCGUGUGCUUUCGCGCCUCUCGCAGAGACUGCCUUCGUAUUCCCUGCUGAUCUUGCUCGUCUCGGCCACGAGAGCGUGCUCCAUUCGCAAUCAUUUGAACUUUUUUUUUUCUUUGACCACUGCCUCUCCUCCAAUGGCGACGAUGCCGCCGGACUUCUGCAUCAGUUCUCAUGUCCGGUCCAAUUCCGAGUACGAGUCCAAAUUCUUCAGAGCCAGAAGUAGGCGGCAAAUUCAUCUUCGGCUUGUGCGUACGUCACAAUCAUGAUAGGCACGUAUUAGAUUCAGAGGCGAACUCCCGUGUCUGUCUGUCU